AUGCAAUGGCUUCUUCUUCUGUUGCUUCUCAUGAGCCCUUUGACAACUAGUGAUUCUCAGAAAACAAACAUCCAUAGUGAGCGCAUUUGCAUGGAUCGCAAGCUAUUCCAAGCUGCAACUGAUGGUGAAACUGAAGUCUUUAGGGAAAAGGUCAGUGAACUCCAACUAUUAUUGACCCCAGACAGAAAUACAGUGCUCCAUGUCCAUAUCAUCACUACUUCAAGAGCCACUAAUCAAACAACCUUCGUGGAAGGGAUCCUGGACUUGUGUCCAGCACUGUUGAUGCAAACUAAUGCAAGAGAAGAGACUCCCUUACUCAUGGCAGCAAGGUAUGGCCAUCACCACAUUGUUGAUUUUCUAAUUGAACGUGCAAAAUUAUCCCAACCACAGGACCUUGAAGAGGACAUCUCUAGUGUCCAAACGAUGAUAAGGAUGAAGAAUGAGGAAGAGGACACUGCGUUGCACGAGGCUGCGCGGUUCGGGCAUCUUGAGGUUGUGCAGAUAUUGACAAGACAAGACCCUCAUUUCUCGUAUUCGACUAAUAAAGCAGGCGAGACUCCACUCUACAUAGCCGUCCAGUGCCGACACCAAGAUUUGGUUAAGGAAAUACUAAAUAAUUGUUCAUCACCAGCUACCAGUGGCCCUAAUGGCAGAACUGCACUGCAUGCAGCUUCUACAAAUAUAGGAAUAACAAAAAUGCUUUUGGACAAAGUAGAUUAUCUGACAAAACAAGCAGAUGAUGAUGGUUUUAUUCCACUGCACUAUGUUGCUUGCUUUGACUCAUCAAAUGUGGUGGAGAUUACAAAAAUGUUGCUAGAAAAUAAUGAAAGUAGUGCAUACAUCAAAAAUAAGAAAGGCAUGACAGCGCUUCACAUUGCAGCUUACAAUGAGUGUUAUGGUGAUAAGAUAAUGAAGGAAAUUCUGGCAAGUUGUCCAGAUAGCUACGAACAAGUUGACAAUGAAGGCAGAAAUGUUCUACACCAUGCUGUGUCGACUACAUGUCUCUCCAACGUAAACUUCAUCUUAGAACAUGCAUCAUUAAUAGGUGGCCAUUAA